UUUCAACUUUCAAAAGCCCUCUCUCUUUCGUCAUCGUUGCCUCCCUUUGUUCCCAUUUUCUCCUUCCCCAAAACUCCCCACAGUGCUCUCCGCCCCAAUUCCUUCGGUUCCUCCGAUCGAACACUCCGAUCGCGUUCUCUCCUCUGUCGAUUCGCCUCCGGGUUGUGGAGAUCGGAGAGGGGAGACGGCGGCAUGGCGAGUAGAGUAGACCACGAGUACGACUACCUGUUCAAGAUCGUGUUGAUCGGUGACUCUGGUGUGGGCAAAUCUAACAUUCUCUCUAGGUUUACCAGGAAUGAGUUCUGCUUGGACUCCAAAUCCACCAUCGGAGUCGAGUUCGCCACCCGAACUCUCCAGGUUGAGGGAAAGACUGUGAAGGCACAGAUCUGGGAUACAGCAGGCCAGGAGCGAUACCGUGCUAUAACCAGUGCAUACUAUAGAGGGGCAGUGGGUGCUCUCCUUGUCUAUGACAUAACCAAGCGGCCAACUUUUGAGAAUGUCCAAAGGUGGCUCCGUGAGUUGAGGGACCAUGCAGAUUCGAACAUUGUUAUCAUGAUGACUGGAAACAAGUCUGACUUGAUCAAUCUCCGAGCUGUUUCAGAGGAUGAUGGUCAGUCCUUGGCUGAGAGGGAAGGUCUCUCAUUUCUCGAGACAUCAGCACUGGAAGCAACCAACGUUGAGAAGGCAUUUCAAACUAUUCUAACCGAGAUCUACCAUAUUGUCAGCAAAAAAGCACUGGCAGCUCAAGAAGCAGUCUCAACUACCCUACCUGGUCAAGGAACCACCAUCGACGUUAGUGAUGCUUCUGGGAAUACAAACAAGAGAGGUUGCUGCUCGACAUAAAAGAUGACACACGUAGGGGGAAGGAGGGGAAAUAUUUUGCUGGAUGCCAGCUCUUUUGAUUUUUCUCUUUUUAGUUUCUUUUUUCUGGUGACAGGGAAGCAUGUAGAAUACAGUUUUACUUCGACGAUUUGUGGUAAGGAAGCUUUGUGAAAAUUAUAAUGACAGUAGUAUCGGUACAUUUUGAGGGCCUGCUUUUACAUCCGAUGCACCAUUUUGUUAUAUGUUGCUUUUUAUAAGGUGUAACUACUGAAAUUUGGAAUGUCUGGUGGAACUCGGCAUCUCAAAUUAAAGAAUCAAUGGAGAAGGAACCUUGUGUGUUCAAAGUUUUAA